GUGUUAUCAACAAGAAACUCUUUCUUUUCUUUUUUACCAAAAACAAUUAGUUUCUAAGAUUUAACCCAACAUUGAUAACCCAAACAUGGCAUCUAAAAGGUGUCUUUCGCAGGCUUUGAAUGCCAGAAUCCGAGGAUCUGGCGCUGAAACUUUGGUGUUGGCUCAUGGCUACGGAAUGGAGCAAUCGAUGUGGGACAAAGUGGUUCCCUUGCUUGCCGAAAACUACCGUGUUGUUACGUUUGAUUGGGUUUGUGCUGGAAGUGUGAAGAACGAGAAACUCUACGACCCUGUGAAGUAUUCCUCAUACGAAGCUUUUGCCGAUGACUUGAUCACUCUGUUGCAGGAGAUGAACCUUAAAGCUGUCACUUAUGUCGGAAGCUCCAUGUCUGGCAUCAUUGGUUGCAUUGCCUCUGUCAAAACUCCUCAACUCUUCAAAACCCUAAUUCUCGUUGGUUCUUCCCCAAGGUUUCUGAAUUCAGAUGAUUAUGAGGGAGGCUUUAACAGGUCAGAUAUAGAACAGUUACUGUCCAACAUAGAAAACAACUAUGAAAACUUUGUUUCUGCAUUCGCUUCACUGAUAGCAGAUCCAAGUAAUGAAGAAAGUGUGAAGAAAUAUGAAGAGGGUUUGAAGAACAUGGGAGGUGAAGUUGGUCUCUCCUUAGCCAAAACCAUAUUCUACUCUGAUUGGAGAGAGGUUCUUGAGAAGGUGGAGACUCCAUGCACUAUCAUUCAGACCAAAAAGGACGCUGCUGUUCCGCUCAGCGUAGCACUGUACAUGCAGAACAAAAUCAAAGGGAAAGUUAGGUUGGAGAUGAUAGACACGCUUGGCCAUUUUCCCCAGAUAACUGCACACCUUCACUUUGUCCAAGUGCUCAAGGAUGUUCUUGGUUCAUAAAAAUACAUGUCAUGUUAUUAAUACAUUUUUAAUAUUUUAUUAGCAUAUUAUAUAUGCAUGGUUUUUUGUUUUUCCAAACCUUUUGUGUGUGUUCUUCUUUCUAUUAAU